GUUACGGAUGAGCAAACCAUUUUUUGAAAGCCUUUUAAAAAAUUCGAAGUUAACUAGAACAUCGCAAAUCAACCAAGAAAAUUAAUAUAUAACACAUGCACAAAGCUUUUUGAAUGCAUUUGUUGUCCAAAUCGGCGUUGAGCGCCAAUUAUCAACCGAUAAAUCAGCAUUUAUAACACGCGGCACAGUUAAACAAAGAGGGAGCAGCAAAAGAAACUAAAAAGAAAAAAGCAGCGCGCUAAAUGCACAUAGCACAAGCGUACAUACAUACAUAGUGCCCUACGUACCUAUGUAUGUAUUGUAGGUUCCAGUUACGAAAAUAUAACAGAAAGAGAAGGGAAAGGCGACUGAUUGACUGGGCCGACCGAUUUGUGUGCGUGUAUUUAUGCCAGCGGCCAAAUAGGAGGAUACAAUAAACUUUAUAAAAUCCACCUUGUCAUAAUUUUGAUAUUGAAAAAAACCGAGUGUUUACUUACAUUAGUUUUGAGAGUUUCGGUGUGACAGAACAAAAAUUACAACAAAUAUUGAACUAAACCAAAAAUAAAAAAAAAUUCCACAUGCAAAAUUAAACUGUUUUCGGUCCUUGCUAAAUUCUGGUAACACACACACAUAUGUAUAGGGCAAAACUAGAGCUGAAAGUUAAAGCGGUAAAAACGUAAAAAUUAAUAAAAACAAAAAAAUAACAGAGCUUGCAUUUUUUACAAUCGGUUGCAUUCGAACGAACACGGGAAAAACAGCAAAAGGAAGAAAAAAGGAAAAAUUAGAACAAAACAAAAACCAAGCUGAAAAGUAAAACAACAGGCUUCGUCGCUACUGCAUUUCGCAAACUUGUGCGUGCUUUUGUUGGUGUUAGUUAUUUGUUGUUGUCGUCGUCGGUAUCGUCGGCGACUGGUCGCUCCAACGCGCGCUGUAUUUGCGCUUGUAUGUGUGUGUAGGCGCAGCAGGAGCAAAAGAACAAGAAAAACAAGAGUUGCAGUAACAAACAUAUUGGACAAAAAAGACAUACAUAUAGUUCAAAAUCGAAGACAAUUGCAAAGGGGUAGUACCUGGUGCGAGAGUACAACAACAACAACAACAACGACAGGAAACAAAGUAGAUACCUCUAGACCCUAAACCCCAACUGCCAGUGUCGUCUUGCAUUCCAUAGUCCUCCAAUCCACUCGCCACUUUUUCACGAGCAGUUGCAGGAAAAGCAAUCAAUAGGGUACCACCUCAGCGGAAGUACUAGUAGAAGAAGAAGAGUGGAAAUGGAGCUUGAAACGAACAGAAACAAUCAUGCGAAUGGCCAUUAUGUAAACGAUGGCACCGAUUCGAAGGAGAGUUCGGUUGAGCGUGAACUGAAUGGUGAGAUUGAGGCAGUGGAGCUAAAUGGCGGUCACGGAUGUCCCAAAUUGAAUGGGCAUGGACACAUCAAGAAGCCGCUGCCAGUGGGCGAUGGUCACGAUGGGCGUAUUAAGCGCAAGGCCAAACGUCUAAUACAAAGACAAAACAGUCGUGGUGAGAGCAAUGGAAGCAGUUCCGCUUCGCUAAACGAAUCCACGAGCAGUGGGGCCAGCAGCAGCAGCUUUAACAAUGCAGCAGCAGGAGCAGCUGCUGCAGCUGGUGGAGCCCUGGCAAUGGGCAUAAUACCCGCCACGACCAGUUAUGUGGUACCUCAUCGUCGCUGGAAGAAUAGUCGCCGAUCCCGCACGACCAGGGGUCGUGGUCUGCCCAAGAAAGGAGGCGCUGGCGGCAAAGGCGUGUGGGGAUUACCCGGCUCUGAGGCACUGGCCGAGGUCUACGAGGAUGAGAACGAUCCCAAUUAUGACAGUGAGUGCAAUGAUCGGAACGUGGAGUUGCGUGAGGUCAUUACGGAAAUCACGCCCGAGGAGUUCUUCAAACUGGCCGAACCCAUUGUCCAUGAGUAUUAUGAGCAUGGCGAUACGCACGAGGUGGCUGUUAGCUUCGAUGAGAUCCUGCAGGGACCGCUGCGAGAACACAUCACCAGUAUUCUUGUGGAGAUCGCCAUGGACCAUAAGGACUCUCAGCGUGAGAUGACCUCGGUGCUCAUUUCGGAUCUCUAUGGUCGGGUUAUCACCGGUAAGGAUAUCGAGAAGGGCUUCAACAUGCUGUUGGCAAACCUACCCGAUCUUAUACUCGACACACCCGAGGCACCAUCCAUGUUGGGCAAUUUUAUUGCCCGAGCCGUCGCCGACGAUUGCAUCCCGCCGAAGUUCGUCACCAAGCCGGAGGAGCAUCGUGAGCUGAACGAGUAUGCCGAGAUAGCUUUGCGUCGUGCCGACACAUUGUUGCACAUCAAGCAGGGUUGGGCGCAUCUCGAUAAUGUCUGGGGCAUGGGUGGACCGCUGAGACCGGUGAAGACCAUUACCAAGCAGAUGACGCUGUUGCUCAAAGAGUAUCUGUCGUCGCGUGACUUGGCCGAGGCACAGCAUUGCCUGCGCGCCCUCGAGGUGCCCCACUAUCAUCAUGAGCUUGUCUAUGAGGCGAUUGUUAUGACUCUCGAAUCGUUGAGCCAGACCACCGAGGAAGCUAUGUGCGAGCUGCUCAAAUCGUUGGAUCAAUCAUGUUUAGUCUUACCAGCUGGCAUGGAGCAGGGAUUUAAACGCGUCUUCGACGACAUGGCCGAUAUUGUGCUGGAUGUGCCAUUGGCUUACAUAAUACUCGAUCGUUUUGUAGAACGUUGUAAUCGCGCUGGCUUCCUAACCGAUAAAAUCAUCAACAAUAUGCCAUCACGUGGUCGCAAGCGCUUCGUGUCGGAGGGAGAUGGCGGACACAUUAAGCCGGCUACUUUGCCGAUGCGCGAUUAGGCGGCAAGUGGGCAACAAAAUCAGCAGCAGCAACAACAACAUUAAAAGCAACAAGCCGCCUACCCAGAAAAAAACUGGGGCAGGCUUUUUGAGGCUCAGACUCAACAAAAUACGCGCACCCACAAUUUAUAUGAAAAGCCAAAUUAAAUGCCAGUCGAGGAAGCAAAAGCAAUGCCAACAAAAACAUGAACAACAAGUCAUAUACAAAUGUAUUGGAGUAAAAAUAAUUAUGCGAAUAAUUUGUUGUGUAAAUGCGAAAAUUUUACAAUUUAUGGUUCAAUCGUAGGAUGUUGAUUUUUUGACAGAAGAAACGAAAAGCUGACAACGACGAACAGCAAGGCAAGACAUCAUCAAAUACAAAAAACACCAACAAUAACCACAAAAAAAAUAAAAAACAAAACAAUCGGAAAUUGAUCUCCGUUUAAACUAUAUUCAUAAUAUAAUACAUAUACUAUAUAUAAACGUAAAUACAUAUAUUUUAAAUAUUUGUAAAAAACAACCACAAACCACAACCAGGCAAAGAAAAUAUGGCCAGCAAGAAGUAAAAAAAAAGAAAGCACAGUGCUGUGCAUGUGGCCAAUUAUAUACAUAGCAUACAUAUGUACAUAACGUACUUACAUAUAUGCAUAUGUAAACGCUGCUACGAUACGGGAAGAACGAAUUUGGAGAACAAGAUUCAAGAAUGGCAUAAGUUUUUGAAAUUGAAUAUGAAGCAUUAAAAGGAACAACAACGACAAGAAGGCUAACAACACCAACAAAACAACCGCAAUACGAAACUGAGCAGGUGGAGUAAAAAAAGACAGCGGAUGCUGUUGUUUGUGCAAGCAAGGUAUGCAACUGUGCUACACAAAUAGCAACAAUAUCGUCAGCAAGAGAAAAACACAAACAACAAAUAGCUGAUUAUGCCACAACUGAAAAGGAGAGGAAAAACGAACAGCAGAGCAUAUUUUAUGGGAAAAAGUAAAACUGUUAUACCCACACAUCCACAACAAAUACAUAACACACCCACACACACACACAAACAGUCACAUACAGACAGCAAUCAAGAAGAAGCCGUUAUUACUAGACAUACUACACACAUACAUACAUACAUAAAAUACAUAACUACCAAUUUAUGAAUAUAAUAAUUAAGCUUAAGCAUCCAUUAUUAUAUUAUGAAUAUAAUUAUGAUAACUACUACAUACAUAAAUAACAUUGGCAACGUGCAUGCAAAGCAACAGUAACUACACACUUAACUAAAUGCCCACAAUCAUAGCUCAUACAUAAUACAUACAUACCGAUAUACAGACAUGCUUAACUGUUAUACAAACAUACAAAGUUGUGUAUGCCACUCGAAAUUCUUCACAUUACUACUGCUCUAUAAACAAUAUAUUAUAUUAUUAGCAAGAAACAAAAUGAGAGCACCAGGUCCUCGCACACGCCCACUUAAUUUUUCCACAAACAAAAAAAAACACAAAAAUUAAUUUCUAUUUUGUAAACACACAAAAUUUGUCGUUCGAUUAUGAAACAAUGAUUUGAGAGAAUAAAAUUAAGCAUAAAAUUGUUAUAAAGAUGUUGAAGAGGGAAUCGAUUAAUGUA